AUCGCAGUGUACCGGCAGGAGGAGGCGGUGCUCGGUCAGUCUCUUCCGGGUCAGCGGGCAGAAUGGGCUCUCGGUGAUCGGAGUGUGUGGCGAUCUCCUCCCCUCCGGCUCGGUGGGGUGUAUAUGGCGUCCUUGUCUCAGCUGGCAGUCUGGCUCUCCCAGUCGGCCGCUGCUCGCUCCUAUGUGGUCUUCUCCAAAGGCCUGAGCCGCACUCUGCUCAUCUUCUUCAACCUGGCCUGGAGGCUGAGGAUCAAAUUCCCCUAUCUGUAUGUCAUCGCCUCCAUGAUGCUGAACGUCAGGCUGCAGGUUCACAUAGAAAUUCAUUGAUGCAUACAGCUGCUUUGGAAGUGAAUUCGUCUCCAUUGGAUGUUGUAAUACACUAGCAAUGGAUGGGCUGUGUAUCAUUGGUACAUCAUGUAGCAAAAAAGAUUCAAGUGGUGCUCGCUUACAACAGAAAGUUUUCACAAGGCAAGAUGUGAAUCAUGAAGUUCUGGGAAUGUCUUUGACAAAAUGCAGUCCAUUUGAAUGUCAUUUUACUCGUUCACAUAAAGAGAUGGCACCUUUGACAUUCACAAGAUCUGUUUUAAUCAGAAGCGUUCACCCCUUGGCCAGUAGUAGCAGGGGUCAUUCUU